AUGUCAGGCCACCCAUCAUAUUGCAGAUUAAACUCGGAAGAACAACAAAAAGUUUAUCAAAUGUCUGAAGCAGAUAAGAUUAGACAGGACAACCUUAAAGAUCAUAUACCAAUUCAGGCUCUUCUUGAUGAGCUUAAAGAAGAAAACUUUGAGUAUAAUUAUCAAUAUGAUCAAAAUAAUCAUUUAACACACCUCUUUUUUGCCCAUCCUAUAUUAAUUAUACUUACCAAAGCCUAUAGCUCUGUUUUUUUAAUGGACUGCAUAUAUAAAACUAAUAAGUUUAGAAUGCCACUUCUUCAUGUUGUUAAAAUGACAAGCUUUAAUACUAUAUUCUUCUCCUGUUUCGCGUUCCUAAAGUCAGAGCAGAAGGAAGGUUAUGAAUGGGCACUUGUUCGUAUUGCCCACAUUUUUACGGACAUUUCAAAACCUCAGCACAUUGAAAAAAAUGUGCUGUCUAAUUGCUGUCAGUAUCUUCUUACAGAAGAUGAAUUAAGAGAGUUUUUAAGAAGUGUUACUAAAGUUUCUGUAUUUUCACUAAAAAAAGUGCAUGAACAGUUCUUGAAAGUAACCAGCACAACAUCAGAAAAUUCACUGCAACCUUGUAUUGCUCACCAACAAACAACAGCUCUGGAUGAAAUAUCAAGCUUGUUCCAAGAAUCUGCUAUUGUCGUACAAGACCCAUGGGAACAACACACAAGGGGAUGCCUAGUUGGUGCAAGAAAUGCACAAUCAUCUAUCUGA